ACCUGUCUGUCUGGGGACCCAAACAUGGAGCCGAGCAUAAAGCCAAGCACGGAAUCAAGCAUGGAGACUACUGGAGAGCCCAGCGGGGAAGGAAGUGGAGAGCCCAGUGGGGAACCAAGUAGAGAGCCCAGUGUGGAACCAAGUUCAGAGUCCACCAGAGAGACAAGCACAGAGUCCACCAGAGAGCCAAGUGUUGAACCAACCAAAGAACCCAGCACAAAACCAACCAAAGAGCCAAGCACAGAACCUCCCAAAUAAAUUGCAAAAUUAAUCCCGACAGAAGACAUGACCAACCCCUGCUGCUGGCUUUGGCUCCAAUGAAGAAAAAUUCCAGUUGAUGG